CGUGUAUAUAUAUCCCUCAUCACCAGUGGUCUAACUCAAGCUCAUUUCUUGGAAAAGUACCAACUUGGAGGAGGAUAAGCCAAAGGAGGAGAAAUGGUUCGUAAAUUUUUUGGAAGUCUUAUUGAGAGAGCGGGGAGAGCUUUGAAAGCAUCAGAAGAUGAUAUAGGAUGGUUGCAGCGUGUUCCUGGCAUGCCUUUUGUUCAAGAUGGGACUGGAAAAUUUGAUAAUUUGCUCUUCAACAUCAAAAACUACAACCAGCAUACACUACCAAAGUCCUUAGCGUACUUGUUGGUGCCAGGCCUUUUCAGCAACUUUGGGCCACCCAGCUUUGCUGACACACAAGCUUAUUUCCAGCGCUUAGGUCUGGACUGUGAGAUUGCCAAGAUUGACAGUGAGGCUGGAGUUAUAAACAAUGCUAAAAAGAUAAAGAACUGCAUUAAAACACUACACAAUAGAUCAGGAAAGAAAGUGGUGAUUCUAGGACACAGCAAAGGAGGUUUAGACGCAGCUGCUGCCUUAUCCAUCUAUUGGCAUAAACUUGAAGACAAAGUUGCUGGCCUGGUGCUUGCACAGUGUCCUUAUGCUGGCAAUCCCAUUGCUUCUGAUAUUCUCCGCCAAGGAUCAUUCCAACGUGUCAAUCUCAAGAGGGAAGUCAUGGAGUUAGUCAUGUCUGGUAUUCUAAAGGGAGAUCUACGUGCCAUUGAAGACGUAACCUAUAAGAAAAGAAGAGAGUUCUUGGAAGUAAAUCCACUACCAAAACAACUCCCUGUGGUUUCAUUCCACACUCAAACUAAAAUAAAUCAUAUUACUCUGAAGAAGUUCUAUGAAGUAGCCAAGGUGGAGUUUUCCUCCAGUUCUACUUCUAAUGACUCCAAUGCAUCAGAGCCAUGGUCAAUAUCUUCAGGACUGGCGGUGUUGGCGACGGUGCUCGAGCUUCGAUAUGGUACGAAGAGUGAUGGACUUGUGACCAGGGAGGACGCUGAAGCUCCCGGUUCCAUUGUUGUUCGAUAUGGGAGAAAUCUUGAUCAUUGUUGGAUUGCUGGUAAUUGCUCCUCAAAUGAUGAUCAAGAAGGUAGAAAAGCUAAUAAUUCUCAAGUCUGUGAGGCUCUCUUUGCUCUUGUCAUUGAGAUGGCUCAAAUGAAAGGCUUCAUUAAUCUUCGUCCUCGUCGAUCAUCAUCAUCGGACUAUUAAUAUAUAUAUAUAUAUAUAUAUGAGAAAACAUCAUCUAAUUAAGUACUUAGAUGUUGUUUUCUAAAUAUGGUUAAUUGAGAGUUAUUGGAUCAUGAUCCAAUGGCUCUCAGUGUUAUCUUUUUACUGUUUUGUACUACUAUGAUAUGUUGCUAAACAUAAAUCAUUAUAACCGUUAAAUACAAAUAUAACGGUUAAUGUAGUAUCCCUAGAUUUUAAAUCUAGGAACGUCACUAGAUGAUGUGUACUCUCUAUAUAUACAAGUGCAUCAUGUCAACUGCUUCAGUAUUAUAGAUACAUGUAUCACUGCUUCUA